CUUGUAGAAGAUCACACAUUGAUCUCUUGUACACGGAGAGAGCUUUGCCAGAGCCUGAUAAUUUAACUCUCAAUUUUGGUUCAUCAGAAUUUUGGUUUUGCUCAUCAUUUGUAUUUUUAACUUCAAACAGUUGAAUCUGGGGUAAAUAUUGCAAUAAUUUACUGCAAAGUGUUGGCGAUAGUCAUACCUGAUAUUGGAGGACAUUUCAAGGAUCAAGAUGGUGACAACUCUACUCUUUGUGGCAUUAGCUCAUCAAAUGGUGUUGUGUUCAUUGGCAGCUGGUGAAGAGAUAAGGCUGGUCGAUGGCACUAGUCGCUGCUCGGGGACAGUAGAGAUUCUUUACAAGGGCCAGUGGGGACUAGUGUGUGGCCAGAAGUGGGACGUAAACGAUGCCAAUGUGGUGUGUGGCCAGCUGGGCUGUGGGAGAGCUGUGAGUGCCCAAGGUAGUGCCCACAUAGGUGAGGGUAGUGGUGGCAGGCCUACUUGGCUGGAUGAUGUUGGGUGUAAAGGCACUGAGAGCUCCCUCACAGAAUGCUCACAUGGAGGAUUGAAACACCAUGACUGUUUACAGGCUCAAGAUGCCAGAGUUGUCUGCUCAGUUAAACCUAAUAUCAGACUGGUCAAUGGGAGUGACCUCUGCUCUGGGAGGGUGGAGGUCUAUCAAACUGGUCACUGGUGGACCGUGUGUGACGACGUGUGGGACUUGAAUGAUGCUGCUGUGGUUUGCAGACAGCUUGGCUGUGGGAGAGCUGAUAGUGCCCCAGAGAGGGCCUACUUUGGUCAGGGAAGUGGGCCCAUCUGGCAGGAGGAUAUUGGCUGCUCUGGCACAGAGUGCUCCAUCACACAGUGCCCACACACAGGAGAAGGAACACAUAACUGUAAUCAUGGUAACGACGCAGGUGUUAUUUGUUCAGGGGUUGUCUUGCAGAAGCCUUCACUCUCCACAGACCCGUCCUACUCUGCCUUCUUGCAUGGAGAGGAGGUCCAACUCACCUGCACUCUUCCAUCCCGUAUCCUCUGUAAUGCUGUGGAGUUCAUCUUCUAUCUGAAUGGAGACUCCGUCAUGACCGUGACCGUUGGAUCCUCACAGCCCAGGGCUACUUUAACAAAGUUUAAGACGGACGCUUCACAACAGGGCAGUUACAGGUGUCUCUACAGAACCCACUCCAACGGCAAAGCCAUCAGCUCCCCUUACAGCAACAUUACUAAAGUGGUCCUGCUUCAGCCCAACAUCUCUCUCAGUCCUCCAAAUGGAGGGACGUUCUGGGGACUUCAGGGGCCAGAGGUGACCAGGGGCCACAGCUUCUCCAUCAUCUGCUCCAUUCAGCCACAGUAUCCCGGAGGCCUCUUCUAUCUGGACUUCUCUGGUUCCAACAGAACAGAGACUACUCCAGCAGUCAACCACUCUGCCUGCUUCCACUUCCCUGUUGCAGAGUAUAAAGACCAGGGGAAAUACAGCUGCAGCUAUGGAGUCAACAUCUCCACGCGGUCAUUCAGGUCGGCUAAUAGUGAACUAGCUGUCACCAUUAGAGCCUCUAUGGUCCCCAUCAUUGCCUCUGGAGGGACUGGUGGGCUAGUAUUCCUGUUUCUGCUUCUGCUUGUCAUCUGUCUAGUCAACAGGAGGACCAGGAGGAGCAGCAAGCCAUCUACAGAGACUGACCAGAGAGAAUGUAUUGACAACAGACACAACAAAGGCGAGGACGACAAAGUAGAAGAGGAGGACUACGUGAAUGUUGAAAACGUCUGUGACGAGAGAAGUCUGGAGAGCGGGAAGGGUGAAAAGAAGAAUUGGAAGAAAAAAGGGCGCCGCUCUGGGAACACGGAGGAUGUCUGUUUCAACGAGGAGGGGGGUGAAAGGGAAGGAAACGUUCACAGAAAGCGUGUUUGUGUUGUCUUGCUACAGCCCAACAUCUCUCUCAGUGCUCCAAAUGGAGGGAUGUUCUGGGGACUUCAGGGGCCAGAGGUGACCAGGGGCCACAGCUUCUCCAUCAUCUGCUCCAUUCAGCCACAGUAUCCUGGAGGCCUCUUCUAUCUGGACUUCUCUGGGUCCAACAGGACUGAAUGGAGCCAUCCGUCAACGACUCUACCUCCUUUUACUUCCCUGUUGCAGAGUAUACAGACGAGGGCAACUACAGUUGUGUUUAUGAGGUUAUUGUCUCCACCCUGUCAUUCCAUUCUACCGACAGAGUUGCUGACAGUCAGCAUUCAAGCAUCCAUAGUCCCCAUUAUUGCCUCUGGCGCAAUAGGUGGGCUAUUGCUCCUGCUGCUGCUCAUUCCCAUUAAUGUUUAGUCUUGGAGGAAGAUAAGCAACAGAGAGCAGACUAUUACGAUAAACCCAAGAGAAACUGCCAUUAACAUGAACACACAUGGGAACACCGUGGGUGCAGCGAGUGAGGAAAACGAUGAAGAGGACGAUGCCAACGCAGAAGCCUUUGUCAACAAGAGCAAAGACGAAGACUUGAAAAAAAAGGAUGCCAUGCAGGAAUGGGUGUGAAAAUAACGAUUCAGAAUAAUGUCUGCAGUUAUGAAAGGAUAACCUGUGCCAAGAUCCUGACUCGAAGUCCAGGCACGUAAACUCAAAUGUUUUGUAUUCAUCCUCGGGAAUGCUCCAGGAGCCACGAAAACAACCAAGGUGAAGGACCAGGUGAGGAAGAUGGGGACGUCUAUGAAAAUCCAGAUACCUUCACACGGGAUGGAUGAUGCCGAAGACAUGUACGAUGAAGACAAUGACCCUUUUGACCUGGAGCAGCUCUCUUCAUGUGGGAAUAUGACUAUGAAGAAGAUGUAAUAGGCAUGUUGAUGCAGAGAUAUCGGUAACAGGAGAGGCUUGAAAGGUUCGCUUUGUGAGUUGAAUUAUCAGGACUUUAAAAAACAAUGUUUUUGUGUGUCCGAUUUCUAGUUGUAUUCUUGCCAGGUAAUUAAAAUAGUUUUCUGACUUGA